AUGUUUAAGAAACAUAAGAAUCAACAAGAUGUAGAUAUGGCGUUUUGGUGGAAAAAAAAUCCACACACACCAAAUGAAUUUGUUAAAUCGAUUAAAGAACAAUUGAAUAUAUUACAUAAUUUAUCCGGCAUCUCAAAUACAUCAAAUCUAAUCGGCUCAACUAGUAAUGAAGAUAAUAACACCAAUGAGAAACGUCGAGCUCAAGAAGAAUGUUCUAAAUAUUUAAUAGGCUUAAAGGAAUUCAUACUACGAGAUGGAAACAAUGGUAACACACUUGGGAAUCAACCAAGCAACGAGUUGAUGGAUGAGAUGUAUAACGCUAUGCACAAUAAAGAUUUAUUUUAUGAUUUAAUAAAUAAUUUCUGUGAGUUAGAAUUUGAAGCUAAAAAGGAAGUAAUGUUAAUAUAUGCUAUUUCAUUAAGAUAUAGUAAGGAUAACAAAUUAGUCACUGUGGAUUAUUUAGUUAGUAAACCAAGUAUUAUAAAACUAAUGAUACUUAAAAUUGAGGAAUCAUUAAAUAAUAAAAAAAAUUAUCAGGAUAAUUUUUUAAUGUUAGGUAAUAUGAUAAUUGAGAACAUUAAAUAUGAACAAUUGAAUCGUAUUAUAUUAAAAGAUCCUAAUUUUUGGAAAUUUUUUGAAUUUGCUAAAUUAAAUAAUUUUGAAAUCAGUACUGAAUCAUUACAAAUUUUAAAUGUUGCCUUAACCUCUAAUAUUAAAUUAGUUUCAAGAGAAUUUUUUAAUUCAUAUUCUAGUGAUGAUAUUAAUAAUAAUAGCAAUGAAAACAUUCCAAGAUUUAUCAAUAAUAUCAAUAAGCUAAUAGUUAAUGGGACAUAUGUCAUAAAGAGACAGAGUAUUAAGCUACUGACAAGUUUGAUAUUAAAUCGUACUUUUAGUACUUUAAGAAAUGAAUAUAUUAGCUCUGCGGAUAAUCUAAAGUUAAUUAUGUUAUUAUUAAUCGAUAAGAGUAAGAAUUUACAAUUAGAAUCCUUUAAUAUAUUUAAAGUCAUGAUUGCUAAUCCUACCAAGGAUAAGUAUGUAAUGGAGAUUUUAAUUAAAAACAGAGAAAAAUUAAUAAGGUAUUUUAACAAUUUUAAUUUGGAUAAUCAAGACUCUAAAUUUAAUGAUGAAAAAGAAUUUGUUAUAAGAGGAAUAGAAACUUUACCAAGAUUAGCAGAACGUGCGGAGUUUUAA